CGUCAUGUCCGGCGGCGCCUGGCCGGUCCUGGAGCGGCGACGGGGGGUGUUUCCGUGCUCUGUGUCCAGGGAGACGAGCCGGACCGGGACCCUCAGGCCGUCAGUCAGUCAGUGCCUCCCAUGAACGCGCAGCGGCGGAGAGAGGCCAGGGAGGCGAGCCCGGCGUUGAGCCGGGCGCCGGCUGGGAGACCUCGGGCUGUUAAUGUCGGCCCGGCUCCGGGCCUCGGCGCCCUGCUGAUGCAGCGGCCCCUGUCCCGGCAGCAGCUGAAGCGGCUGGAGGAGCACCGGUACCGGAGCGCCGGCGCCUCGCUGCUAGAGCCGUUAAUGCAGGUGUGGUGGGAGUGGUUGGUCAGCCGUCUCCCGCUCUGGAUGGCGCCCAACGUUAUCACCGUCACCGGGCUGGCCCUCAACGUGUGCACCACCCUCGUACUCAUCCUGUACUGCCCGACGGCCACCGAGCAGGCACCUCUGUGGGCAUACCUGGCUUGUGCUGUAGGUCUGUUUGUGUACCAGACACUCGAUGCCAUUGAUGGGAAGCAGGCAAGACGAACAAGCAGCAGCAGUCCUCUCGGAGAGCUGUUUGACCAUGGAUGCGAUUCACUUUCCACGGUCUUCGUCGUCCUGGGGAUAUGUAUAGCUGUGCAGCUGGGCACCAACCCAGACUGGAUGUUCUUCUGCUGUUUCGCUGGCGUGUUCAUGUUCUACUGCGCUCACUGGCAGACAUACGUCUCUGGGACGCUGCGUUUUGGCAUAAUUGAUGUGACUGAAGUGCAAAUCUUCAUAAUUGUCCUGUUUUUAUUGGCCGCCAGCGGAGGAACAGCAUUUUGGGAAUCUAUGAUCCCAGUGCUGGACAUUCAGGUUAAAAUUGUGCCCGCCCUCUUCGUGGUGGCAGGUGCCAUCUUCUCCUGCACCAACUACUUCACUGUCAUCUUCACUGGCGGCGUUGGCAAGAACGGCUCCACCAUUGCGGAUACAAGUGUACUGUCCCCAUUCUUGCACAUUGGGGCAGUGAUAACCCUGGCGUUGAUGAUCUACAAGAAAUCGACCAGCCGGCUCUUUGAGAACAACCCCUGCCUCUACAUCCUUGCAUUUGGUUUUGUCUCAGCCAAAAUAACCAACAAAUUAGUGGUGGCUCACAUGACGAAGAGUGAAAUGCAUUUGCAAGACACUGCCUUUGUUGGCCCAGGGCUGCUUUUCCUAGACCAGUACUUCAACAGUUUUAUCAGCGAGUAUUUGGUGCUCUGGAUUGCUUUGGUGUGGUCUCUCUUUGACCUAAUCCGUUACUCAGUGGGAGUCUGCAAUCAGAUCGCCUCUCAUCUCCACAUUAACAUCUUCAAAAUCAACUCCAUCUCCUCCUCGCCAAUCAGCUCCCAGGAGCAAAACCAUCAUGAGUGACUUAACCACUGUGCUUGCUGAAGCGACCCCAGGGCAUGACUGAGGAAAUGUAUAUAGAGAAAAGCAUCAGAAUGGAAGAAGUGAACAAAUUAUUUAAUUUAUGGUUCAAUCAUUGUGUGCACUUUUUUUUAUUUAAGCCUCAGUUUCUGAAUGAAGUCUAACUAGCACUCCUAAAUAGGCAGACUGUGGAAAGAGCUGGCUUGCUGCUGCACGCAUGACUCCCUGUAACAUGGGCAGGUCAGGAAGGGACCUGGUCUCAUACAGGAUGUAGAAGAGCACAUGGGGUUUUGCUCAAUCUUUUCCCACCUACUUGGCCAACUUUCCAUUGUGCUGAAGGCUUGAGUGUGAACUUAAUUGAAGUUACUACUGUCUUGUGGAAGUCAGAUGAGCCAUAUUGCAGGUAAGGACUGUGAGUGAGGGAAUAGGGUUCCUUGUGCCAAGUGAGAGCCUCGCUCCUGAGGUGAGUGAACUGCAGACAGUACUUUACAAGAAAGCAAAUUGUUUUGGCUAUGUGAUCUGGAGAGUUUCCUUAAAAUUUAAAAAGAAGUGGCAGAAGAGACUGUACCUCCUGUGGGUUAAAGUUUUGCAAUGCACUAUUUUGUAAUAUAUGUCCUAAUUACACCAAUAAUGCUGUAUCUGAUUCUGAUAUUAACUACUGAACCGUAUGAAAGUGUGUAAUUAAAGGGGCCUUGUGUAUACUGUACUGGACUGCAAGUUAAGGUGCAGUGUCAUGUGACUGUUUAGUUUGCGAUGCUUUUGUCUUUUUUUACACGUCAACAUGUAAAGGAGUAAAUAGCCACAAAAGUGCUUUCACUUUCAAAAAAUAAAACUCACCCCACAAGA